CAGCGGCGGGGCGGCGGGGCUCUCCCGGAGCGGGCGGCGGGCGAUGGAGUCGGUGCGGGCGCAGCGGCUGCAGCCCGGCGUGGGGACGCUCCGCUCCCUCCGCCCCGGCGUCACCGGCGCCCCCGCCGCCGCCUCGGCCCCGCCGCCGCCCGCCGCCCCGCCGCCCGCCGCCGCGCCGCCGCCCGGGCUGGGGCUGGGGCUGGGGCUGCCGCCGCCGCCGCCGCCGCUGGGGCUGCAGGGACCCGCCGCCCCGCCGCCGCCCCCGCCGCCGCCCCCCGGUGCCGGGCCGCCCGCCGUGCUGCGGGAGGCGGUGGAGGCGGUGGUGAGGAGCUUCGCCAAGCACACGCAGGGCUACGGCCGCGUGAACGUCGUGGAGGCCCUUCAGGAGUUCUGGCAGAUGAAGCAGUCGCGCGGAGCCGAUCUGAAGAACGGAGCUCUCGUGGUGUACGAGAUGGUCCCUUCCAACAGCCCCCCUUACGUCUGCUACGUCACCCUGCCGGGAGGGAGCUGCUUCGGCAGUUUCCAGUUCUGUCCGACCAAGGCCGAAGCCCGAAGGAGCGCUGCGAAGAUUGCGCUGAUGAACUCGGUGUUUAAUGAGCAUCCCUCCCGGAGGAUCACGGAUGAGUUCAUUGAGAAGAGUGUUUCGGAGGCCCUGGCAUCUUUCAACGGCAACCGAGAGGAGGCUGAUAAUCCCAACACCGGGAUCGGUGCUUUCCGCUUCAUGCUGGAGUCCAACAAGGGAAAGUCAAUGCUGGAAUUCCAGGAGCUGAUGACCGUCUUCCAGCUGUUGCAUUGGAACGGCAGCCUCAAAGCCAUGCGAGAGAGGCAGUGCUCGCGGCAGGAGGUCCUGGCUCACUACUCCCACCGCGCUCUGGACGACGACAUACGGAACCAGAUGGCCAUGGACUGGGUGAACAGGGAGCAGAACAGCCCGGGGGCCCUUUCCAGAGAGCUGGCUUCGACGGAGAGGGAGCUGGACGAAGCCCGCCUGGCUGGGAAGGAGCUGCGUUUCCAUAAGGAGAAGAAAGACAUCCUGAUGCUGGCGGCUGGCCAGCUGGGGAGCAUGCACUCCUCCAACUGCUAGACUCUGGCGUGCGAGUCGUUCCGCUCCCCCCAGGCCUGCUAACACCUCCACGCUGGCGGGAUCCGUCCCGCGUCACGUAAAGCAUGCAAUGCCUCUUCCAGAGCCGUGGCCCGUUUGCACAUUUUAAAGAUUUUUUUUCUUUUUUUUUUUUUUAAAAAAGGGCAAAACUCCUGUACAGAUUUUUAAACCUUCUCAUGCUCGCUUCUAGCCCUACUCCUCGCCUCCUAGCCGCUAGAGAAUUCCUCCUGUCACUUCUUUUUUUUUUU